UCCACUUCUCCAAGCAUAGCGCGAAGCGAAUGAAGUGUGAUUGAUAGUUUCAGACAAAAAUGGAAAAUUGGUUAUUCACACUCAUAUGCACCCUCUCAGUCCUUUUCUUCCUCAAAUCUCUAAUCGCGCUUUUCUUCUCCGGUAAACCCAACAAAAAGUUACCGCCGGGACCCUUUACCGUUCCGUUGAUCGGAAACUUUCUAUGGCUCCGACGCUCCUUCUUCCUGGAACCCAUUCUCCGGGACCUGAAAUCCAAGUACGGUCCUCUCAUCACCCUUAAAGUCGGCGCUCGCCCCGCGAUAUUCAUCGCCAAUCAUUCUCUCGCUCAUCAAGCUCUUGUCCAGAACGGCGCCGUUUUCUCCGACCGGCCGGAAUCGGCGCCGGCGACUCGGCUGCUCAAUAGUAAUCAGCGGAAUAUCAGCUCCGCCGCCUACGGCCCUACCUGGCGCCUCCUGCGCCGUAAUCUUACGUCGGAGAUUCUCCACCCUUCUCGGGUUAAGUCUUACUCGAACGCCCGGCAAUGGGUUCUCGGAGUUCUUGUUAAAAAACUCAGUAAUGAUAGCUCUGAGUCGGGUGUUAAGGUGAUUGAUCAUUUCCAGUACGCCAUGUUUUGCUUACUGGUGUUGAUGUGCUUUGGGGACAAGCUGGAAGAACAGCAGAUUAGACAAAUCGAGGAUAUACAGAGAAAGAUGAUUCUCAGUUUUCCCAGAUUUAAUAUCUUAAAUUUCUGGCCUAGUAUUGGGAAGAUUCUGUUCCGGAAUCGCUGGAAAGAAUUGAAACAAAUGGCCCUUGAUCGUGAGAACACUCUAACCCCUUUCAUCAAAGCCCGAAUCGAUGCCAAAGAACGAGCAAUGGAGGGGGAAAAUGAAGGUGAUAAUGCUACGUUAGGGUCAGAAGUGUUGGCUUAUGUAGAUACACUGAUAAAACUAGAGUUGCCGGAGGAGAAACGGAAGCUGAGCUAUGGCGAAAUGGCGACCCUUUGUGGGGAAUUUCUCAACGCCGGCACGGAUACAACUUCCACUGCGCUGCAAUGGAUCAUGGCGAAUUUAGUGAAGCACCCAUCUAUUCAAGCAAAACUCUACGAAGAAAUCUUGGGAGUGAUCGGAGCAGCGGAGGAGGAGGGGGUGAAAGAGGAGGAUUUGCAGAGAAUGCCAUACUUAAAAGCGGUGGUUUUGGAAGGGCUGAGACGCCACCCGCCGGCACAUUUCGUGCUGCCACACUCGGUAACUGAGGAAGUUGAACUGGAAGGCUAUGUAGUCCCCAAGAAUGCAGUGAUUAAUUUCAUGGUGGCUGAUCUGGGAUGGGACCCGAAGGUGUGGGAGGAUCCGAUGGAGUUUAAGCCUGAGAGAUUCUUGUCGGAGAGUAGCGGUGGAGAAGCAUUUGAUAUAACUGGAAGCAGAGAAAUCAAAAUGAUGCCUUUUGGUGCUGGGAGGAGAAUUUGCCCCGGCUUGGCAUUGGCUCUGCUGCAUUUAGAGUACUUUGUGGCUAAUCUCGUUUGGUUUUUCGAAUGGAAGGGUGUCGAAGGAGACGAUGUUGAUCUUGCAGAGAAGCAAGAGUUCACCAUCGUCAUGAAACAUCCUCUCCGCGCCCAUCUCAAUCCACGAAAUAAACUCAUUUGAAGCUGGUAACUCUGCAGAUGCUAUUUAAGUUGUGUGACAACUAGCAAAUAAGGUUAGGCUGUUCAUAGUUGACUGGCUCAUAUCGAGAAGGUCAGGACUCAGGAGUCGAAUUUGGGAUCUCACGGUUACCAAGCCAACUAUCUGUCCAACUCGGCUGGGGUUAUCCCAGUACCUGCAUCUACUUGUGUAGUUGUGCUAAUAGAGACAUAAAUAAAGUUUAAUUCUUGUUUUCUGGAGCUCAA